CACUCCUGAUGAAAACGCCUGCAAACAAUGCCUCUCUGGAAAGACGCGUAGGUUGCGCAGCGGAGAGCGCGCGCUGGAGAGCUGUUACUUGGAGAUUUAUUUAGUCUGAGUGAUUUUUAUUUCUUUCUUCAUUUAUUUUUUUUGUUUGUUUUUUUACGGGGAUGGUGAUAUGUUAGUAAAUAUCGUCUACGACGCGCAUGACGGCGCUAUUUGGAUGUAUGUUUCUGGACUUUUCAGCGUAUCAUGACCGUGCGCCUUUUUCCAUCUCCCCAAGUCUUUUCGUCUCUGCGUGAAGUUGAACGGAGGAGAAGGCGCGAUGAGGGGGAAAGUCUUUCUCCUCGGCUUCUUGUUGCUCAAACUUAUGGCUCUGGUGUGCAAGGCCGACGGGGAGCCGGGGCUGCUCGGGGGCUUCGUCAUGAUCGCCACCUCCAACGGCACCCGCGAGGAGGAGAGCGUGUCCGAGGAGACGCCGCACACCGAGGACAGGUGCCGGGGCUACUACGACGUGAUGGGACAGUGGGACCCGCCGUUCAUCUGCAAGACGGGCAACUAUCUGUACUGCUGCGGCACCUGUGGCUUCCGCUUCUGCUGCUCCUACAAGCACUCGCGCCUGGACCAGAGCACCUGUAAGAACUACGACACGCCGGUGUGGAUGAAGACCGGCCAGACCCCUUACAAAAAAAUGAACAAGCUGCACGACAGCACCAAAGACAAGACGAACUUAAUCGUCUACAUCAUAUGUGGAGUAGUGGCCAUUAUGGCUCUGGUGGGGAUUUUCACCAAACUGGGGCUGGAAAAGGCGCACCGGCCCCAGAGAGAAAACAUGUCCAGGGCCGUUGCCAGUGUGCUGCAGGGCGGGUGUCCAGGUGAGCAGUAUCGAGGAGAGGAGGCCCUCGGGAUGCAUUCGCAGCACUACGUCUCCAGGACCACAAACCUCCAGAGCGGUCAGAUCAACAACAACGUGGGACAGGGCUCAAACAUGGUUCAGCAGCACCCGUACCCCGCCCUGAGCCAGUUCGCUCACGCCUACGAACAGCAGCAGCAGCAGCAGCAGCAGCAGCAGCAGCAGCAGCAGCAGCAGCAGCAGCAGCAGCAAAAUAAAGAUUUCAACAAAUACGCCUCCCUGAAGGCUGUGGCCGCCAAGUACAACGGAGAACUCUACACCAAGCGUCGACUGAUGGUUGAGCUGCCAACGAAGGGCGGCCUCCCUCUCCAGCCAAUGGGCAACUCCAGACCCUCUAUGGGCAACAUGUCGUCGAUGACUCCUCCGAUGACCAACAAUCCCAUGGCUUCGAAUCCAAUGACCUCCAAUUCCAUGAACCCCAACAUCACUCAGAUGACUUCAAUGAACCCAAUGACGUCAAUGAACCCAAUGACGUCAAUGAACCCAAUGACGUCAAUGAACCCAAUGACGUCAAUGCAACCCAUGACGUCAAUGACACACAUGACGUCAAUGACACCCAUGACGUCAAUGACACACAUGACCUCAAUGACACACAUGACAUCCCUCACUCCGAUGUCCUCCAUGACCCCUAUGACUUCUCUGGGUCCACUGACUCCAGAGCCCGUGGCCACCUAUGUCACAGAGAUGCCCAGUAUCUCCUCUGGGUCAACCCUCCCGACAGAGCGGCACAUAGCAGGGGGAGGAGGAGGUGGGGGACUUAAGCCAAAUGGCCACAAACUCAAAGGCAGCCAUGGCCACACUGCCCACAGCUCUCACAGCUCUCACAGCUCCCACCCUCAUGCUCACAGCCAUAGUAGCAAGCCGCCAGGACUCGGGGCUACCUCCCUGGCACACAUGGUGGGGACCAUGCCAGGUGGCAUGUCCCUAGGCAUGUCCAGGCUCGCUGAGACCACCAUUGGCUCCAGCUCGGCUACAAUGGGCCGCCCAUUGGCAUACAGUUCCAACACAAUUGCGACUGGGCAUGGCAUGGGGCUGGGGCUGAAGGGCUGGGACGGGACUGAGACAGUGGGCCGCAGGAAGACCUACGGGCACAAGAGGCCUCAGUGUACCGUUCUGGAGCCGAACCAGCUCCAUGGCAGCAGAGGCCAAAGCCACAGCCAACACUUCCUCCCCACGCAGCCCUACUUUGUGACCAACAGCAAGACAGAGGUGACUGUGUGAGUGAGGAGGGAAAGGGAGAAAAAGAAGGGUAAAUGGAUGCCUACUGAGUGGUGGCACAGGUAAUCUCUAAGUGGAGACACCAAUUCCUGGGGUGGUCAAAAGGUGCAAAUCUGUGUGUGUAUGUUUGUGUCAAGAAGUUGAGGCUUCUUGGUUUGCUGGUGAAUGCGGUGGGAAAGUGACACUGUGUCCGAGUGUUCCUCAUUUCACAAACGGAGAGUUCACGAAUCAAAUCACUGAACAGACCUUUGUUGUCAAGAGGAUGGCAUAAAAGCAGGUGACGUCUGUAACCAUAACAAAUAGCCUACAGAGCUGGGAUGUAUGUACACUUGUGGUGAUAUUCGAGUGUUGUCUCACGGAUGAUAUCUACCCUGUAAUGAUAAUAUCUGAGCAUUUCAGUGCGACUACACACAGACAAUGAAGUGGGAACCUGCUAGUAAGAUGGAUUGGCUUCACUGUAGGAACCCAACCUGAGAAGAAAUAUAAAGGAUUAAUGUACAGCACUGAAACAUCUUGGUAAGAAGAAAUACAAGUUUACCCACAAACCUGGCCACAAGUGUUCUGCUCAUCUGCCCAACAAAGUGUGGAAUGGUUUGGAAGAAAUAACAUUCCCUCACGAUUCAGCCCCAAAUCUACUGAGGGCUUAGAAACAGACGAGGAGGAUACUGGGCUUUGCAGACAUGCAGGGCUUUCCAGUCUGGCUAUUCAGAAACACCUUCAUAAGCUCUGCAGCUGAAGGUCGCCCUUUUCCACGAGGCUCCAGCACAGAGAAUGGACGCUGUCGCACUGGCAUUGUACUGCUCUGAUCUCGUCUGUGGUGGUGACAGCUGGCCGCGAGGAGGGAAAAGGUGGCAGGGAGGCAGCAACUGGACGAGGCUGCUGCGAGCAGAGGCUCCUCGGAGCUUUGUUCUCAUGCACACGCCCACACACAAAUGCACAUACUCAGAAACAUGCACAGAAAAACUUGUACACACACACAGAUAUAUUUACUGUAGCAACAAAACACACAAGGGUUUGACAGAUAUGGGUUUGUUGAAGAAUGAUACCAGUCAAUUUGGAUUUCAGUUGCCAAUGGUUGCUAAAUUAUUUAAUUUGGAUAUAUUUACUAUCUAUAUUUUUGUGGCUUGCAUCCUAAAAUGUAUGUUCACCCACAAUCGUAUUCUUGUCAGUGAAUUGAGACCAUUGCAGUGUUCAAGAAAUCUCUAAUAAGACUACAAAAAAAUCUAACUUUAGAAUUAUCAGCUGAGUCAAAAUGACAAGCAAUUAACAUUAAUUAUACCUUUAAAUCCUAUUGAACAAUUGACAUAGUUAAAGAAAUGGUUUGACGGUUUGGGAAAUAUGCCAACUGGCUUCUUCGCCAAGAAUUAAAUGAGAGGAAUGAUACCUCUCUCAUAUCUAUACAAUAAGAAGCAACAGCUAGCAGCCAGUUAGCUUAGCUUAGCACAAAGACUGAACAGUGGGAUCUGGCUAGUCCAUAUACAGUGGUACCAAAUUUCAUAUACCAGCACUUUUAAAGCAAACUUAAACUUAAAAACUUUUAAAAAGUACAUGUUAUGCAGAGUAGUAGACUUUGUUAAUUCCUGUAGUCUUAUCACAGUGAAGUUGUCAGGCAACUAAAUGUUGAGAAAUUCCUAUAAAAUUAUUUAUAGAUGAAUAAAAUGUGCAAAAUAUAAAGUUAUUUUAAGGCAGCUGUGCAGGACUGUGGACAAAAUUACAUAUUUGAUUAAAAUAGCCAUUUGUUUUAUGUAUAUAUCAGUUUAACACACGUAAAGAAAUGGGUCAAAAUAAAAUAUUUAUUAAAGUGGACCAAAUGUCAGGUUUGGCUUCUGAACAUUUUAUUUUUUUAUUCUGCAUAGAAAGUUCUACAAAACCAAGGAACUGUGGUGAAAAAUGGGUAUAAUGGGAAUAAUAAUAUAAAAAAACACAUCCUUUGCUGGUAAUAAAACACACUGCCACAAAAAACUAGGCUUAAUUAGAUCACUUGCUGUACUCGAGCUCUUGCUAAGAAAGAAGAACAAAAAACAUCACAACCAGCAGAAAAAAAGAAAAUCUGGGUUACAUGACUCACACAUGAAAAUAAAUCCUUAAGUCUAACAAAUAGGCCAAAUCUUCUCACAGCUUCUCCGAGCCCAUUUGCUAGUUUUGUAAUGAUGUGGUACUUAUUAGCAGCUGCAGCCACUGUUAUCAUUGUAACCUUGUUAUCUAAAGUGCUGCGUCAACCUCUAAGACCCUCUUUACGCUUGCGAUUAAGAUGCAUUUUCAAGUGAUCAGACUGAAGUCAGACAUUGCUUAGCCACGUUAGAGUCAAAACACGAGUAUGCCCAGGACGCGGUGUGGAAGGAUCAUGAUUUGAUUGCUAAAACCAUCUCUGGGAGUCGUCAGAGCAGUGUUCAGCCUAAGAGCUAACAAGGCGACGGGCUGCUCUGACAAUAUCACACUCUAAAAUACAUUUGUUGAUAGACAGCAACCUAAAAAAAAAUGGUGUUAACUUUCCAUUUUAAUGUCUGUAAAUAAAAGAGGAAGAGGUGCACAUGCCUGCCUGGUGUGAGACCAAGACAUUGGAUUUCAAUGUGACACAUGAAACAACUCGGCCAGCUGAGCGCGGGGUCUACGGGGGGGGAAUGUUUUUACCUCGUGCUGUGGAACCACUGCUGCCUCGGGGGUCACCUGACUGGAAAACCUGAGACCAAAAUUGAAUCCGUGGAACAGGAUUGAAGAAGUCAUCAGUGCAUUCAAAUGUGUCACUUAUACAUCCACAUCCACACACACACACACACACACACACACACACACACACACACACACACAUGUACACACACAGAGAUUUACAGGGUGGACUCUGCUUUCCUUGUGCUCCCACAGUGCCGAGCGGCAGGCGUUGUCACAGCGGAGAGACAAAGAGUCACCGCUACUGCGUCUAUUGUACAUGAAAGACUGUGAAACUCCAGACCUUGGCCCUUUGUAGCGAUAACUGACAUUAUGCUUUUUUAUAUAUAUAAAUAUACAUAGCCUUUCUCGCUUUAUCUCUUUCUUUUCAUGCUUUUUUCUUCCCCCCUUCUUUUUCUUCUUUGCUCCCCCCAUGUCUGUCUUCAAUCGAAGACAUUCAGAGCAGAAAUAUUGGAGGGAAACUAAAUCUGGGCUGUUAUGAAGCUUUUCUGUGAUAGUAGAGUACAGUCAUGAUGAGCCAGUGAGUAAUAAUAAUAAUUCAGCCCCACCUUGAAAGGCAUGAUUGGUUUUCCCCCAUUGUUCUAGCAGGAAAUAUAAGUGAUUGAUUCUGUGUGCCAAAAAAUGUAAUCCAGUUUGCAGUUUUGUCCCACUGUGUGUGCUCUUGAACACUGCGCACAUUUCACCCGUUAUAAAUUUUGUAUGUCUGUAUGUGUGUGUGUGUGCAGAUCCUACUUUAGUAAAGGAUUAUUGUGUCUGAGGAAGUCAAAAAUCAAACAAACCAGAAAAACUUUAUCUAUGGAGAUUAAAAUCCUAUAAACCUGCCAUUCUUGACAAUGAUAAUUCUUGUGGGUUUUUUCCUCUGUGUAUUUAUUUCCUUAUUUUCUUGACAGCUGGUGGUUUUGUUUGCGACAGAGCUGAGAAGCAGGUCAAUGUUUGCCCGGGAUGUGCAUUAUCGGACCCAAUUGACUUAAUCCAGCAAGGCGGAAAUGUGGAAAUAUGAACCCUCCUAGCGGCCCCAUACUGCCCCAUCCUUAAAGCCCAUUCAGCUGCGCAAAGGCAGGCGCUGGAACAAUAGGUAACUGGCAGGCCAGGGGAAACAGUUGGUAAACAAAAAAAAAGGGGGAAAACUAAUCCCUCACCGUAACAGCCAAAAUAAACCAGAUAGAAAGCGGGGAAUUGGUUGCGCCGGCUGGGUCACGGUUGAUGGGGUCAGAGGCACAGAUGCGUGGGUUCAGGAGGCAGUCAUGUCUGACAUUUUUCAUCAGACGAGUCGGCCAGACAAAAAAAAAAUGCUGCAGCGGAGACAAAAGGACACAGGUUGUCUGCAGGCUCGACACCACUAGUGACAGAGCAUGAAGAAGAUGAUCAAAGACUGUUCGUGUUCAUCGUUUAGUAAUAAGAUACAGAUUUUCUGAAUUUUCGUAACAUUAAUUUUACAUAAUUGAUGACGUAAUGUAGUGUCUGAAGCUAUUGUCAGCACUGGCCCCACAGACUAAGAAAAAGGGGACCAGUGUAUCCUUUGAGUAUUUGUAGUUUGAAGUACAGUUUUAUAGCUCAGAGAUGGUUGCUUUCCAUUGACUUGUUUACCUUACUUUAGAAAAACCAACCAGCUUCACGCCCUGAGGGGAUCUCCUCCUUCUUUGUGGUGGAGUUUGACCUUUACAGUUUUUUAUGGUUGAUGCACAAAAAAAUAGACAUGUCCUUACUUUCACUGGGAUGAUAGCAUAAGGUAUCAUGGGCAGGGGUAUAAAGCAAAUCAUUAUUCAAUGGUAUCAGCUCCAAAAAUAAAAGGUACCACGCUACAAAAGGGAUUUAGUAGUGGCUUGGUCACUCCAGCAUUUCAGACUGUGAACUUUUGUUGUGUAAUCCAUGGAAAUGUCUCACUAUAUGAAAUAUGUUAUAUUUCAAAUAAAUUGGCAGAGACACGUGGAUGAUUUCAGCUGGGCCACUUUCUGGUGUGACCAGGCCAUUAGUCAGUCCACCUGCUAGUCAAUCAGAAAGUGCCUAGUGACCACCUUCAGCUCUAUACCACCAUCCACGAAACUGCAAAAUGAGGUCCAAAUCUAGAGCUGACCACUCAGUGGGAACUCAUUGCUCCAAACCAUCCAUGUCCUGAUUACUCUGGGAGCACUGCCACGGCUUAAAGCUUUUUUCUUUACCUUUUUUUUCUCCUCUCUGGCUGAAUGGAAGUCAAAUGGAGAGUGGCCGUGAAAAUGGCCUGAUAACAGACCCAAGUUAGAGGGUUCAGUGGUUCAUUGGAGUAGAUUGAUCACCAGCUAAGGACAGGCGCAGGAACCGCUUCUCCACCUUCUCCUACUGUAUAAAAACACAGCCAAUAUAUCACAGGUAUAGUCGCUGCCGUCUUGGUCUGGUGAUGCCUGAGUCGGCUAUAACGAAAUCUUACCCUUAUCCCAUUCUCUAGUCAAUCUCUGCUCUCAAACAUGACACUCCACCCACUUUUGACAGCAUCAAAUAACUCAUUAAAAACAAACUAAUAAGAAAAAUUUGCCCCUGAGAAAACAUUGAGUUGUAAAUACCUAAAAUGUCAGAAACUAUCUUUGCCCUAUCUGCAAACAUGGAGGAGGCAAGCAGGGUUUGAUUUAAAUUUUGGGAGCUGUCAUGUAAUUCAUCUUUACAUACAGAGAUAAAUCACCAAAUGGGGUCACAAUAGAGACAAGUGAGACCCGUCUCUCUAGUAACUUUAUUUAAUCUGAAUAAAUUCCUGCGUCUAAUAUGAAUACUACCAAAGUGCAUUUCCCUCUUUUGUCCAUUCGGUUUACUUUAACCAGCUAACCAUGAUACACAGCCAUGUCUUUUCUCACCCACUGGAAAGAGCACAGUCUGGUUAUUGAUCCCUAUAGCUCAAACCCUUUGUUUGUACAGUGGUAGGUCCCCAAUUAUUCGGUGCGAAUCGCUGCUCAAACAUGACCUCACCAACUUCCCACCUGCAAAAACCCUGCUUCUCUGGCUCUGUCCGCAACAGCUCUUUACAGCCGUGCAUCACCUGAGCCACCACGCUACAUGACUCACUUCUCAUAACCGUGCGGCCACCUCUCGGCUCAUUUCUGAUGUGCUCUUACUCUCGUGUCCAGGGUCCAACUCUUGGAAGGAAAACAUCAGAAUGAUUGUUGAGCUUAUGUGGGGUUUGCAGCUGGGCCCAAAGUCUCUGAAUUUGUCAAAUAUAUAAGGGCACUGAGAAAAGCAAACCACCCACUUACUCACAAGAUACACACCGACAAGCACUAACAGAGAGAAAACUGAGCUUAUGCUCCCCGAUAACUUACGAUCUGGUCUUUAAUCACUGAAACCAAGAGCAAUGGGGAAAACCUUUGGUGCUGCGACAGGGACUCCGUCCACGGUGGACAGAAAUCGAAAAGGGACUUUGGGAAGCUUUGAAUUAUUAAAUUUAGCUCCUUUUACAAAGCUGUGAAUCAUGGACUGUUGCCUCACACACACACACACAUCCACACGCUGAAAAACACCACUGUCCAGUCACUCCAUCUGGCAACAGUAUUGUUAACCCGACAUGCAGACCCUCAGACCAUCGAUCAUUGAUGCAGCAGCUCAGUAAAUUCUCCAAUCAAUCACUGAUAUGAACUGCAACAUGUCUGGAAAAUGCAUAUCCUGUUGAGUAUUUUCUUUUGUGCACUCAUUUAAAAGCUGAAGAUGUGAAGCAUGGACUGUUCUCGUCGUCAGUCUGAAUCAGGAGGGCGACGUUGUCUGUAAAUAUUUAUUUUUCGCUGGGGAAGUAGUGAAGGGACUUUUCUUUUUUUUCUCCGUUUUACCCAAACAGACAAAAUGCAGUAUAGUCUUUUCAUUAAAGAAAAGAAAGAGCAGCGUUAUCUUGAUGACAGAGUGGGAUAUGUACAGUACAUGGGAGAUGACACUAAAGGGCUCAAACACAAGAUUUCCCUCCACUCUUUUCUUGUCUAUCCUCCACUGUUGCCGUUUGCCGUGCUUGAUAGUGUUGUAAUGAUUACAGCCUAUGAAGAACGGCAUCUGUACGAUCACGAGAAAUCGAUAUAUCACUAUAUUAUCAAAAGGGUUCUUGUCAGCUACGUUUACGACUUUGUAUGGCAUCUUUAUGCGCAAUGUUUUUCACCACUACGGAGCUGUCUACUUAUGCACACAGAGACAGAGGAGACGCAGUGUUUGUUGUCCAGUGACGCUCUAACAUCUGUUUAAAAAGGGUUUUGCUCCUAUGAUGUGCUUUAUAUGUAUGAUUUUGACCACAUACCUAUAUUAAAUAUAUCUGCUGUUAGCAUCACGGGAUGGAUAUCAAUCACGGUGGAUGUGACCCCUGCUAUUAGCCGGAGUCAGAAGAAUCAAUAAGCUAUUUGUGAUAUGACUACUAUUCAUUAGCGAGCAUAUCCUUUUAUAGAAUAACUCAUUGAUUAACUCAUUUUGGUGUUAAUCAUGCAUUACAUGCAAAGUUAUAUGAAAUCCAAUUUUCUAUUUUUGAUGUCCAGACCAGUUUGUGGUAUUUAUGCAUAUGUGUAUAUGGAUAUGGCCCCAACACUGCAUUUAUGCGUGACUAGUAAAGCAUAUUUUCUAAGAUAUAGAGUCCAUCUCCCACUAUUGUUUGCACAGUAGCUUAUAAUAUGCACCGUGAUGCCCCAUCAUCCUAUUACUGUUUACUGACUUUAUAAUUUGUGAGAAUUACGUUAUGAAAAAGCUGUAUUUUGGUACUAUUCAAAUAUUGUUAGAAAAAGAGGUAUAGCAGACGUUUUGUCCAAGACAUAUAUUACCAUAGUGUUGCUAUGAAUUAGUCAGUUUUUCUUAUUUUUGGGGAGGGAUGACAGGGAUAUUUUUGUUCUUCUUUUGUUGUUGAUUUGCAAUCUGACAGUAUUAUCACCAUUGUUCUAUAUACAACUUUCUUACGUGGCAAUAAAAGAUGACUUCUGUAAAAAAA